AUGAGCUGGAGCCGGGGUCGAGGGCAUGGAGGCAUGGGGGCCAUGCGAUGGAACGGGCGGAGCGGGCGCGAUGGAACGGGCGGAGCGGGCGGAGUGGCGGAGAGAGCGGCAAGACUAUGGGUCUUCACUAGCGAUCCCGCCGUUUCAGCGCUGCUCCUGCUCUACGAAACAAUGGCGAAAGGAGGUCAGCCCGACAUCUCUGAAAAAGCGUUGGCCGGUUGGCCAGCUUUUGCAGCAAUGUUUUCCUUGCUGCUCCGGCCGUGCGAGCAUCGAAAUGAUGCGGUGAAGUUCCUGGAGGUGAUGGCUUCAAGGCUCGCAGGCAUUGGAGAUGUGUUCGCGGCCCAUGUGUGUUAUCUCAUGACGGGCGAGAGAACUCUGGAAGCAGUAGAUGCACCAUCCAGCAUGGUAUGCAUACUGGGCGUGGAGCACCGCAGCCCGAAGAACUUCGCCCGCCUCCUCGAUCCGCUAGCGCUGCAGAUGUCCGAGGCAUAUGAGUAUGCCAUUCGAUGUGGAGAUGCAGACGCGCUGUGUCCAACGAUACAGCCCUUCAAGCUGGCUCAUGCCAUGCUGCUUGCUGACGUGGGCCUUGUCGACAAAGCUCGACGUUACAUGACGUUGCUGCAGGCUUUCGUCAAAGCGGUCCCGCAGAAUCGUCUCUCUGAUGCGUUCAGAUCGAGCAUGCGUGAGUUCCAUGAGGUGCUGAACCCGAACUUGACGGGCCAGGCAGCAGAUGCCCCAAGGGUCGGCAAGGUGUUCAAGGAUCUCGUCCGCAACUUUGCCGAGACAACGGGCUUGGCCGUCAAGCCGAUUGCGCCUCCAGCUUUGCCAGCAGAUGAGUCAGAGAGCAGCCUUGCGCCAGCUUCACAGCCUUUGCUGCAGCCUGGCGGCCCAACUUUCCCAUCCAAUUUUCCACCACCGCAGCCCUUCCAGCCAAUACCUGCCCAGGCGACACAAACGCCAGCACCACCCAUGCCCACUCCGCCCGUGCCCACGCCACAAGCAACCCAGUUUUCCGCGCCGCCUCAAGCUGCCCAAGCUGCCCCAGGCCCCUUCGCCACUCCGGCUUACCCAACACCGCCAAGCCCGAUGAACUCACACGGCUUUGGCGCUUCUCCUUUCCCUGCUGCGCCGCAGCAGCCGCAGCCGGGUCCUGGACAGGCGCCGAUGAACUCGCAGCCUUUCGCGAACGCCCCUUUUAGUGGAGCGGGAGAUGGCUUUGCUCCGGCAAGCCACUCGCAGCCUUUCAGCGGAAAUGCUCCCUUUGCGGGUACUGGCCACAUGGGGGAUGGCUUCGGGCCGCCGCCAGACGGCGGAAACAAUUCGCAGGACAGAUCGAAGCCACCGGAACGAAUGGACUACGCGGACACGCUUGAGAACGACCCCUUGAUCAACGCUGGCAAGGCAGUCCUCGGUUUUGGCAAGUCGCUCUUUUCGGCUGCCAUGAACAGAACGCAGGGUGACAACCGAAGUCCGGAGAAGGAAGAGAAGAAGGCACAGCUGGGUUUAAGCUUCUGCGUUUGCCUUUUCGUGGUUCUGAAAUCUGUGGUGUCAGGAGCAGGGCUUCUACUACGACAAGCAGAAAGGUCGGUGGAUGCAGCACGGUGUGGAGGCGACCUCGCGGUUGCUUGCGAUUUUCUUGCGAUUGCCUCAUCUCUGGUGGAAAGCACUGUUUACGCCGAGGAACACCAGCAGGAUGACAUAUCGCAGUACGACCCUCUGACGGGCAAAAAGUUGUUGCCGAAGGCCGCAGCCGCUUCGGAGCAAAAGCCGUGA